GCUUCUCCGGAGACUAUAUAUAUAUAUAUAUAUAUAUAUCCAUUUUCCGCAGUUGGACGAUCAAAGAGCGAUUAGAGGGAGGAGGGGCGAAGAAAUCGUAGGCAACUCGGCGUACCGGAAGAAAGUGUUGAUGCAGCAAAAGGGAAGGUCAUACAACCGCAGAUCUCGGAGCUUCUCUCGCUCUCGCGUUGCCAUCGAGGGCGCUUAGCUGCUGCUCCUUCUCUUCCUUUUUCUUCUUUAGCAGACGCAGUCGGAGCAGCCACCUCAAUCACAAGACGAACAAAAUGGCUGCCGUCAGUGGAGCAGGAGAGGAGGAGCGCAUGGUCCAGAAGAGCUACUGGAUGGAGCACUCCAAGGACCUUACCGUGGCGGCCAUGAUGCUGGACUCCCGUGCCACCAAUCUCGACAAGGAAGAGAGGCCCGAGGUUCUCUCUUUACUUCCGCCAUAUAAAGGAAAAUCAGUUUUGGAGCUUGGGGCUGGUAUUGGUCGCUUUACUGGUGAGCUGGCAAAAGAAGCCGGUCAUGUUCUGGCUUUGGAUUUCAUCGAAAAUGUGAUUAAAAAGAAUGAGAGCAUCAAUGGGCAUUUUACAAACACAAGCUUUAUGUGUGCCGAUGUAACAUCUCCAGACUUGCUGAUUGAAGAAGAAUCUGUGGACUUGAUAUUCUCAAACUGGUUACUGAUGUAUCUGUCAGAUAAUGAGGUGGAAAGGCUGGCAGAAAGGAUGGUGAAAUGGUUAAAGGUUGGUGGAUAUAUUUUCUUCAGAGAAUCUUGUUUCCACCAGUCGGGAGACUCUAAGAGGAAAACCAACCCAACACAUUACCGGGAACCAAGGUUCUAUACUAAGGUUUUUAAAGAGUGCCACACCUUCAAUGGCGUAGGAAAUUCCUUUGAACUCUCUCUCAUUACUUUCAAGUGCAUUAGGGCUUAUGUAAGGAACAAGAAAAAUCAAAAUCAAAUCUGUUGGUUAUGGCAAAAGGUCAGAUCCACUGAUGACAGGGGAUUCCAGCGCUUCUUGGAUAAUGUGCAGUACAAGAGCAGUGGAAUUUUACGAUAUGAGCGUGUCUUUGGAGAAGGUUUUGUAAGCACUGGAGGAAUCGAGACUACGAAGGAAUUUGUGGCAAAGCUGGCACUUAAUCCUGGACAGAAAGUCCUUGAUGUGGGAUGUGGCAUUGGGGGAGGCGACUUUUAUAUGGCUGAGAACUUGGAUGUGGAUGUGGUUGGGAUUGAUCUUUCAAUAAAUAUGAUCUCCUUUGCUCUUGAACGUGCCAUUGGGCGCAAGUGCUCAAUUGAGUUUGAGGUUGCUGACUGCACCAAGAAAACUUAUCCAGAUAAUACAUUUGAUGUGAUCUACAGCCGCGACACUAUCCUUCACAUACAAGACAAACCUAUGUUGUUCAGAAGUUUCUUUAAGUGGUUAAAACCAGGAGGAAAGAUUCUUAUUACUGAUUACUGCAAGAGUUCUGGGACACCAUCAGAGGCAUUUGCGGAGUAUAUCAAGCAAAGAGGAUAUGAUCUUCAUGAUGUAGAGGCUUAUGGCCAGAUGCUUAAAGAUGCUGGUUUUUACGAGGCUGUUGCAGAAGAUCGAACAGAUCAGUUUCUAGAAGUUCUUCAGAGGGAAUUGGAUGCUGUUGAGAAGGAUAAGGAUGCUUUCGUGCAAGAAUUUUCAAAGGAAGACUACGAUGAAAUUGUUAGUGGUUGGAAAGCAAAGCUGAAGAGAAGUUCGUUUGGUGAGCAGAGGUGGGGCCUGUUCAUGGCUAAAAAGAAAUGAUCAAGUUCUCUGGCAACUUUUUUUAAUAAUGCCCAUUUAUCUUUUUUAAUAAUGCCCAUUUAUCUUGUUGAUCCUUCCUUGAGCAGUGUUGAUUUAAACUUGCAUUUGAUCUUUGGAUUUGGUUUAUUUUGUUAUUUGCUUUUAGUGACUUAAAUCUUUGUGGUAUCUGAUGGCUUCACUCCUUUGAAAGGGGUGAGUGAGUGGUAAACCUAUUAAAUGAAUCUUAAUCUUUAUAAGAUAAUGAGAAUUGCA